CGUCAAUUUGGGAAAGAUCAGAAACAAGCUAAAUAUUGAGCCGGCAAACAGUUUCACAGCAGCAGCGUUAGAGAAAGCACCAAUCACAAAAGCGGCGUUAAGGCAACAUUUGUUUCUUUUGUAUUUCGAACUCAUCGCUCGUUAAGAGAUGAGAAACCCAAAGUAUAUUUUGAAAGUCCUACUAGUGCUACAGAUAAGCUCUUUUGCAUGGAGCUAUGGGGUAGGACACCCCGAUGCCGAAACCAUAGAUGUGGGACAUGCAUCAAGUUCAGCAGCGCGGGAUCAGUUUAUAAUUGAUGCGGCCAUAAGGCGUGGCAUGGAUGGGGAUGCUGUGGCAGAACUGCUGCGCACAAAAAAACCGGUGGUCAAAGUGAAGGCACAACCCAAUGGCACCACCAAGACUACAACGUACUCACUGGAUCCAGACGGCAGCAUAUCCAGUAAGACCGUUACAGAGUACCAGGCAGUGAAGCAUUAUGACUCUGGCUCCCUGCCAGACGACGUGAACUUGGACGAUAUUCUGAAGUCGCCCACAGGUACAGUGACCAAAACUUUCACCGACAAAGAUGGGGCUAAGGUGACACGGACAUUUGCCGUGAGCAAGCCUGCCACAGCCACAGUCGAUGACGAUUGGACUAGGCCAUACAUCCCUACAUGGGAUUCCAAUCCCGGAUUUCCUUGGUCAUCGGAGCCAAAGACACCCGAGGGGGGCAAUGUACACAAGACCACUACAACCUUUGUAGGGCCCAACGGUGAAAAACGUGUAGUGGAAAAAUGGUCAUCCCAACCGGAAAUCACUAUUAAGGAACCCAAGUUUCCAUGGUCGGUGAACACACAAACACACACUGUUCCGCGUCUUCAGCCCUGGCCGUCAGCAGAUCCCGAAAUAGUAGGCACAGAUCUCCAUCGCCCCUCAUCGAAUUGGCCCACUUUCAAUUUCCCUAAUUUUCCACAUGCAUGGCAGCCCACCAACUCCAUGGGAGAUCCUGACGAGUGGACCGUGGUUGAAGGCAAUCCCAAUGUAGAAACCACAACAACCAAGCGCAAAUUUCAAUCGUGGACCCCCAAAACUUGGAACUAUCCCGACAUAACGACAUCCACUGAGCCGAUUACCACCACAGUCAGGCCAACGGCUCAGGCAAAGGUAACGACACCCUUGCCCAGCUUAGAUGAUUUCCUAAAAAGUCAAUAUGGCCACGCCAUAACGACAUCAAAGACCAUAUCUACCAGUACGAACAAGGCCAAGGAGCCACCGGUGGCCACAACCACCCAGAAAGCCAUAACCAUCAAUAUCGAUGAUCUGCCAGUAAUGGAUGUUCUACACAAUGGCAAACCGUUAGACGUAAACAAUCUAGGCAGACUACCACCCUAUUUGAGGCCCACCUUGGAUACGGGCAAUGUGCUGAAAAUUGAAAACAAACAUCCCAUUGAGCCGGAACAGCAAACGGAGACCAAACAACUUGAGACCAAUGUACUCAACAUCACUAAGACCCAUGUGGGUCACGCUAAGCCCACAUUCCAAGAUUUGGACCCAGAAAUGCAGGAAAUACUGCGUAAGGCUAACAUAUUGCCUGAAGACAUCUCCAGCAUCGAUGGUGACACCAUAACCAAAACUCGCAAGGAACCGGAUGGUCGUGUCAUCACCACCACCUACAAAGUACGUUCAUCAUCGCCGACUCCCCCCAUCAAAGUAGAGAAACCUAUAUUUACGAGUUACACUCCAACACUAAACAGCAAGCCUUUAGACAUGCCCAGUUUGCUGCCCGCGGCACCCACUACCUAUCACGCGCCCUUAUACCCCAUAAGCCCUAUUGCCGAAUUUCUGGCCAAAUUUGGCUUGACCAAGUCGGAUAUAUUGGCGAAAAAUGGAGAAUACACCAGAACCCUAAUCGAUGACGAUGGUCAGGUAUUGACUGCUACAUUUGUGCUGAGCUCUCCCAUAGCGCCGCAGCCACCAGAAAAAAAACCUUACAAAUAAGCGUAUAAAAUUACUCCCCAAAUCGUUUCUUGGAAAGUAAAUGCCAAAAAAAUUAAGAAUUUGUAAGAAAUGCUAUUUUAAAAUAAAACGAAAAUUAUCGUAGUCUCAUUUGUGGCCAUAUCGCUAGAGAGAAGUUGACUUACCUUGUCGCUGAAAGUGGCUGUAAACAACUACAAAAUUCUGAAAUCUGCUUUUCAA